AGAAACAUUGGUCAAUGAGAAACAACUUUGUGCUGGAUUUAACAGCACACAACUGAAGCAACAAAUGUCGAUUGGGAAUUCCAAUGCAUCCCUUUGCAAUUUCAACAUCUCUGAAUAUGCCUGUUCCUCAACAACCCUUCUGUCAGCGGACAACUUGGUGACGAUCCUGAAAUGCCAAUUGUCCAGCAAAAAGACUUACUCAACAGAAAUGUGGAAGCUGUUCUUCCAAAACAAUGCUGCUAUUCUGGACCAGGCUCUUCUGGAUUACUCCAGCAUGAACCCCAACACCAGCAGUCCAGCUAUGCCAAAUGUCCUUGAUGCCAUUGGAGAUGUCAAACUCAACAACUUCAUGAAUGCACAGCUGAACAACGCCAGUUUCGUUGACAAGUUGUUCAAGAAGAUGCUCCGUCCAUUCUUGGCAUCUCCAUCUAGGAAUUUCCUCUCCUGUCUCAGCUCAAAGAACUUCAGUUGUCAGACCUACCAAAUUGUCAUUGAGGCUCUAAGCAACCAAUCAGCCUCCAUGGACAGAGAGCAACAACGAGUGAUCUUCACUCAUUACAUCUAUCCAUUCCUUUCAAGAAAUGACUCAUCAGAUCCCGGCUGUGUCUCAAACACCAGUGGAAGCAUGGACUGGCUCCAGAGGAACUUUGGCAUCUUUUCUGUUUUUGCAGAACUGCAGGAGUUACAAGUCCUUAAUCCCGACUUCUCCAGCAAGGAAUCACUGUCGCUGCUUACCCCAACCCAAGUGGCACAAUUGACAUUGACCUCUGGGGCAUUGAAUGACACAGAUGACAUUAAACUUCUGUUUACGCGGCUGGAGGAAGGAGACGCUUUCAAAAAUGUUGACGAGUUUCUGACGCAACUGACCGCAAAGGAAGAGAUUCCUGACAUCCAUCCAGCCGUGAGAGAUUUGAUGAUGAAUCAGACGUUCAGCAUCAUCAGCCUUCAAUUCCCAGAGUUCGAAACGCUGGACUGGAUUGCAUGGUUCGAAGUAAAGCUGAUUCCCAUCCUCCCCAGUUUUAAUGAAGUCAUGCUCACCAUUGCUACCUCAAACGUCAACUGCACCAACUACCAAGUCAUUGUAAAUGGAAUGGACAGAGCUUUCUCUGAAAUGACUCAGGAUAGAAGAGAAGGAAUCGCAAGAGUCCUGCUGAAAUACCUGAGGAAAUCUGUGCACCUCAUCAAUGGACCAGCUUGCAGGCAGGACAUCCACGAUGACAAUGACUGGCUUGCAAUCAACCUGGGUUCAUACUCCGAGUACACAACCUAUUCGGAUCUCAAAGACUUCAACAUCUCAGGGGUGGCAGUUCUAGACUCCCUCUCACCAAACCAGAAAGCUGAAUUGAUACUGGACCCAAGCACUGGCGCUCUGGAGAAUGAGACUCUUGUGAAGAACGUUUUCAUCAGCUUGCUGGCAUCUCCAAGGGAAGAGCAGCUCAAUGAGUUCUUUGUGACUUUUGUUGAAGUCACCAAGCAGGAAAACAUCACUAUCAUCACAAACACAGCCGUAAGAGACACAAUGCUAGACCUGACCUUGAUGGCUCUUGCUCCCAAAUUCGACGUUUUUGAGCCAAAAGACUUCCAGCUGUGGUUCCAAGUCAAUCUGGUUGUUCUGCUGGCCAGCUUCCAUCCUGGCAGAUUGGUUGAUAUUCCCCUAAACAUCACCUGUGAAUCCUACAAUGCCAUAUUUACGGGUCUCGACCAAAGUUUGGAAUCUCUUCCGCCUCACCUCUCACAGGGUGUAAAGUCAAGCUUGGAUGCACUGAUGAAGACAUUCCAACGUUGCUCAAGGCCUCCAGCUUUAAUUGUGUGCAAAGAAACAAUGGUCAAUGAGAAACAACUUUGUGCUGGAUUUAACAGCACACAACUGAAGCAACAAAUGUCGAUUGGGAAUUCCAAUGCAUCCCUUUGCAAUUUCAACAUCUCUGAAUAUGCCUGUUCCUCAACAACCCUUCUGUCAGCGGACAACUUGGUGACGAUCCUGAAAUGCCAAUUGUCCAGCAAAAAGACUUACUCAACAGAAAUGUGGAAGCUGUUCUUCCAAAACAAUGCUGCUAUUCUGGACCAGGCUCUUCUGGAUUACUCCAGCAUGAACCCCAACACCAGCAGUCCAGCUAUGCCAAAUGUCCUUGAUGCCAUUGGAGAUGUCAAACUCAACAACUUCAUGAAUGCACAGCUGAACAACGCCAGUUUCGUUGACAAGUUGUUCAAGAAGAUGCUCCGUCCAUUCUUGGCAUCUCCAUCUAGGAAUUUCCUCUCCUGUCUCAGCUCAAAGAACUUCAGUUGUCAGACCUACCAAAUUGUCAUUGAGGCUCUAAGCAACCAAUCAGCCUCCAUGGACAGAGAGCAACAACGAGUGAUCUUCACUCAUUACAUCUAUCCAUUCCUUUCAAGAAAUGACUCAUCAGAUCCCGGCUGUGUCUCAAACACCAGUGGAAGCAUGGACUGGCUCCAGAGGAACUUUGGCAUCUUUUCUGUUUUUGCAGAACUGCAGGAGUUACAAGUCCUUAAUCCCGACUUCUCCAGCAAGGAAUCACUGUCGCUGCUUACCCCAACCCAAGUGGCACAAUUGACAUUGACCUCUGGGGCAUUGAAUGACACAGAUGACAUUAAACUUGUGUUUACGCGGCUGGAGGAAGGAGACGCUUUCAAAAAUGUUGACGAGUUUCUGACGCAACUGACCGCAAAGGAAGAGAUUCCUGACAUCCAUCCAGCCGUGAGAGAUUUGAUGAUGAAUCAGACGUUCAGCAUCAUCAGCCUUCAAUUCCCAGAGUUCGAAACGCUGGACUGGAUUGCAUGGUUCGAAGUAAAGCUGAUUCCCAUCCUCCCCAGUUUUAAUGAAGUCAUGCUCACCAUUGCUACCUCAAACGUCAACUGCACCAACUACCAAGUCAUUGUAAAUGGAAUGGACAGAGCUUUCUCUGAAAUGACCCAGGAUAGAAGAGAAGGAAUCGCAAGAGUCCUGCUGAAAUACCUGAGGAAAUCUGUGCACCUCAUCAAUGGACCAGCUUGCAGGCAGGACAUCCACGAUGACAAUGACUGGCUUGCAAUCAACCUGGGUUCAUACUCCGAGUACACAACCUAUUCGGAUCUCAAAGACUUCAACAUCUCAGGGGUGGCAGUUCUAGACUCCCUCUCACCAAACCAGAAAGCUGAAUUGAUACUGGACCCAAGCACUGGCGCUCUGGAGAAUGAGACUCUUGUGAAGAACGUUUUCAUCAGCUUGCUGGCAUCUCCAAGGGAAGAGCAGCUCAAUGAGUUCUUUGUGACUUUUGUUGAAGUCACCAAGCAGGAAAACAUCACUAUCAUCACAAACACAGCCGUAAGAGACACAAUGCUAGACCUGACCUUGAUGGCUCUUGCUCCCAAAUUCGACGUUUUUGAGCCAAAAGACUUCCAGCUGUGGUUCCAAGUCAAUCUGGUUGUUCUGCUGGCCAGCUUCCAUCCUGGCAGAUUGGUUGAUAUUCCCCUAAACAUCACCUGUGAAUCCUACAAUGCCAUAUUUACGGGUCUCGACCAAAGUUUGGAAUCUCUUCCGCCUCACCUCUCACAGGGUGUAAAGUCAAGCUUGGAUGCACUGAUGAAGACAUUCCAACGUUGCUCAAGGCCUCCAGCUUUAAUUGUGUGCAAAGAAACAUUGGUCAAUGAGAAACAACUUUGUGCUGGAUUUAACAGCACACAACUGAAGCAACAAAUGUCGAUUGGGAAUUCCAAUGCAUCCCUUUGCAAUUUCAACAUCUCUGAAUAUGCCUGUUCCUCAACAACCCUUCUGUCAGCGGACAACUUGGUGACGAUCCUGAAAUGCCAAUUGUCCAGCAAAAAGACUUACUCAACAGAAAUGUGGAAGCUGUUCUUCCAAAACAAUGCUGCUAUUCUGGACCAGGCUCUUCUGGAUUACUCCAGCAUGAACCCCAACACCAGCAGUCCAGCUAUGCCAAAUGUCCUUGAUGCCAUUGGAGAUGUCAAACUCAACAACUUCAUGAAUGCACAGCUGAACAACGCCAGUUUCGUUGACAAGUUGUUCAAGAAGAUGCUCCGUCCAUUCUUGGCAUCUCCAUCUAGGAAUUUCCUCUCCUGUCUCAGCUCAAAGAACUUCAGUUGUCAGACCUACCAAAUUGUCAUUGAGGCUCUAAGCAACCAAUCAGCCUCCAUGGACAGAGAGCAACAACGAGUGAUCUUCACUCAUUACAUCUAUCCAUUCCUUUCAAGAAAUGACUCAUCAGAUCCCGGCUGUGUCUCAAACACCAGUGGAAGCAUGGACUGGCUCCAGAGGAACUUUGGCAUCUUUUCUGUUUUUGCAGAACUGCAGGAGUUACAAGUCCUUAAUCCCGACUUCUCCAGCAAGGAAUCACUGUCGCUGCUUACCCCAACCCAAGUGGCACAAUUGACAUUGACCUCUGGGGCAUUGAAUGACACAGAUGACAUUAAACUUGUGUUUACGCGGCUGGAGGAAGGAGACGCUUUCAAAAAUGUUGACGAGUUUCUGACGCAACUGACCGCAAAGGAAGAGAUUCCUGACAUCCAUCCAGCCGUGAGAGAUUUGAUGAUGAAUCAGACGUUCAGCAUCAUCAGCCUUCAAUUCCCAGAGUUCGAAACGCUGGACUGGAUUGCAUGGUUCGAAGUAAAGCUGAUUCCCAUCCUCCCCAGUUUUAAUGAAGUCAUGCUCACCAUUGCUACCUCAAACGUCAACUGCACCAACUACCAAGUCAUUGUAAAUGGAAUGGACAGAGCUUUCUCUGAAAUGACUCAGGAUAGAAGAGAAGGAAUCGCAAGAGUCCUGCUGAAAUACCUGAGGAAAUCUGUGCACCUCAUCAAUGGACCAGCUUGCAGGCAGGACAUCCACGAUGACAAUGACUGGCUUGCAAUCAACCUGGGUUCAUACUCCGAGUACACAACCUAUUCGGAUCUCAAAGACUUCAACAUCUCAGGGGUGGCAGUUCUAGACUCCCUCUCACCAAACCAGAAAGCUGAAUUGAUACUGGACCCAAGCACUGGCGCUCUGGAGAAUGAGACUCUUGUGAAGAACGUUUUCAUCAGCUUGCUGGCAUCUCCAAGGGAAGAGCAGCUCAAUGAGUUCUUUGUGACUUUUGUUGAAGUCACCAAGCAGGAAAACAUCACUAUCAUCACAAACACAGCCGUAAGAGACACAAUGCUAGACCUGACCUUGAUGGCUCUUGCUCCCAAAUUCGACGUUUUUGAGCCAAAAGACUUCCAGCUGUGGUUCCAAGUCAAUCUGGUUGUUCUGCUGGCCAGCUUCCAUCCUGGCAGAUUGGUUGAUAUUCCCCUAAACAUCACCUGUGAAUCCUACAAUGCCAUAUUUACGGGUCUCGACCAAAGUUUGGAAUCUCUUCCGCCUCACCUCUCACAGGGUGUAAAGUCAAGCUUGGAUGCACUGAUGAAGACAUUCCAACGUUGCUCAAGGCCUCCAGCUUUAAUUGUGUGCAAAGAAACAUUGGUCAAUGAGAAACAACUUUGUGCUGGAUUUAACAGCACACAACUGAAGCAACAAAUGUCGAUUGGGAAUUCCAAUGCAUCCCUUUGCAAUUUCAACAUCUCUGAAUAUGCCUGUUCCUCAACAACCCUUCUGUCAGCGGACAACUUGGUGACGAUCCUGAAAUGCCAAUUGUCCAGCAAAAAGACUUACUCAACAGAAAUGUGGAAGCUGUUCUUCCAAAACAAUGCUGCUAUUCUGGACCAGGCUCUUCUGGAUUACUCCAGCAUGAACCCCAACACCAGCAGUCCAGCUAUGCCAAAUGUCCUUGAUGCCAUUGGAGAUGUCAAACUCAACAACUUCAUGAAUGCACAGCUGAACAACGCCAGUUUCGUUGACAAGUUGUUCAAGAAGAUGCUCCGUCCAUUCUUGGCAUCUCCAUCUAGGAAUUUCCUCUCCUGUCUCAGCUCAAAGAACUUCAGUUGUCAGACCUACCAAAUUGUCAUUGAGGCUCUAAGCAACCAAUCAGCCUCCAUGGACAGAGAGCAACAACGAGUGAUCUUCACUCAUUACAUCUAUCCAUUCCUUUCAAGAAAUGACUCAUCAGAUCCCGGCUGUGUCUCAAACACCAGUGGAAGCAUGGACUGGCUCCAGAGGAACUUUGGCAUCUUUUCUGUUUUUGCAGAACUGCAGGAGUUACAAGUCCUUAAUCCCGACUUCUCCAGCAAGGAAUCACUGUCGCUGCUUACCCCAACCCAAGUGGCACAAUUGACAUUGACCUCUGGGGCAUUGAAUGACACAGAUGACAUUAAACUUGUGUUUACGCGGCUGGAGGAAGGAGACGCUUUCAAAAAUGUUGACGAGUUUCUGACGCAACUGACCGCAAAGGAAGAGAUUCCUGACAUCCAUCCAGCCGUGAGAGAUUUGAUGAUGAAUCAGACGUUCAGCAUCAUCAGCCUUCAAUUCCCAGAGUUCGAAACGCUGGACUGGAUUGCAUGGUUCGAAGUAAAGCUGAUUCCCAUCCUCCCCAGUUUUAAUGAAGUCAUGCUCACCAUUGCUACCUCAAACGUCAACUGCACCAACUACCAAGUCAUUGUAAAUGGAAUGGACAGAGCUUUCUCUGAAAUGACUCAGGAUAGAAGAGAAGGAAUCGCAAGAGUCCUGCUGAAAUACCUGAGGAAAUCUGUGCACCUCAUCAAUGGACCAGCUUGCAGGCAGGACAUCCACGAUGACAAUGACUGGCUUGCAAUCAACCUGGGUUCAUACUCCGAGUACACAACCUAUUCGGAUCUCAAAGACUUCAACAUCUCAGGGGUGGCAGUUCUAGACUCCCUCUCACCAAACCAGAAAGCUGAAUUGAUACUGGACCCAAGCACUGGCGCUCUGGAGAAUGAGACUCUUGUGAAGAACGUUUUCAUCAGCUUGCUGGCAUCUCCAAGGGAAGAGCAGCUCAAUGAGUUCUUUGUGACUUUUGUUGAAGUCACCAAGCAGGAAAACAUCACUAUCAUCACAAACACAGCCGUAAGAGACACAAUGCUAGACCUGACCUUGAUGGCUCUUGCUCCCAAAUUCGACGUUUUUGAGCCAAAAGACUUCCAGCUGUGGUUCCAAGUCAAUCUGGUUGUUCUGCUGGCCAGCUUCCAUCCUGGCAGAUUGGUUGAUAUUCCCCUAAACAUCACCUGUGAAUCCUACAAUGCCAUAUUUACGGGUCUCGACCAAAGUUUGGAAUCUCUUCCGCCUCACCUCUCACAGGGUGUAAAGUCAAGCUUGGAUGCACUGAUGAAGACAUUCCAACGUUGCUCAAGGCCUCCAGCUUUAAUUGUGUGCAAAGAAACAUUGGUCAAUGAGAAACAACUUUGUGCUGGAUUUAACAGCACACAACUGAAGCAACAAAUGUCGAUUGGGAAUUCCAAUGCAUCCCUUUGCAAUUUCAACAUCUCUGAAUAUGCCUGUUCCUCAACAACCCUUCUGUCAGCGGACAACUUGGUGACGAUCCUGAAAUGCCAAUUGUCCAGCAAAAAGACUUACUCAACAGAAAUGUGGAAGCUGUUCUUCCAAAACAAUGCUGCUAUUCUGGACCAGGCUCUUCUGGAUUACUCCAGCAUGAACCCCAACACCAGCAGUCCAGCUAUGCCAAAUGUCCUUGAUGCCAUUGGAGAUGUCAAACUCAACAACUUCAUGAAUGCACAGCUGAACAACGCCAGUUUCGUUGACAAGUUGUUCAAGAAGAUGCUCCGUCCAUUCUUGGCAUCUCCAUCUAGGAAUUUCCUCUCCUGUCUCAGCUCAAAGAACUUCAGUUGUCAGACCUACCAAAUUGUCAUUGAGGCUCUAAGCAACCAAUCAGCCUCCAUGGACAGAGAGCAACAACGAGUGAUCUUCACUCAUUACAUCUAUCCAUUCCUUUCAAGAAAUGACUCAUCAGAUCCCGGCUGUGUCUCAAACACCAGUGGAAGCAUGGACUGGCUCCAGAGGAACUUUGGCAUCUUUUCUGUUUUUGCAGAACUGCAGGAGUUACAAGUCCUUAAUCCCGACUUCUCCAGCAAGGAAUCACUGUCGCUGCUUACCCCAACCCAAGUGGCACAAUUGACAUUGACCUCUGGGGCAUUGAAUGACACAGAUGACAUUAAACUUGUGUUUACGCGGCUGGAGGAAGGAGACGCUUUCAAAAAUGUUGACGAGUUUCUGACGCAACUGACCGCAAAGGAAGAGAUUCCUGACAUCCAUCCAGCCGUGAGAGAUUUGAUGAUGAAUCAGACGUUCAGCAUCAUCAGCCUUCAAUUCCCAGAGUUCGAAACGCUGGACUGGAUUGCAUGGUUCGAAGUAAAGCUGAUUCCCAUCCUCCCCAGUUUUAAUGAAGUCAUGCUCACCAUUGCUACCUCAAACGUCAACUGCACCAACUACCAAGUCAUUGUAAAUGGAAUGGACAGAGCUUUCUCUGAAAUGACUCAGGAUAGAAGAGAAGGAAUCGCAAGAGUCCUGCUGAAAUACCUGAGGAAAUCUGUGCACCUCAUCAAUGGACCAGCUUGCAGGCAGGACAUCCACGAUGACAAUGACUGGCUUGCAAUCAACCUGGGUUCAUACUCCGAGUACACAACCUAUUCGGAUCUCAAAGACUUCAACAUCUCAGGGGUGGCAGUUCUAGACUCCCUCUCACCAAACCAGAAAGCUGAAUUGAUACUGGACCCAAGCACUGGCGCUCUGGAGAAUGAGACUCUUGUGAAGAACGUUUUCAUCAGCUUGCUGGCAUCUCCAAGGGAAGAGCAGCUCAAUGAGUUCUUUGUGACUUUUGUUGAAGUCACCAAGCAGGAAAACAUCACUAUCAUCACAAACACAGCCGUAAGAGACACAAUGCUAGACCUGACCUUGAUGGCUCUUGCUCCCAAAUUCGACGUUUUUGAGCCAAAAGACUUCCAGCUGUGGUUCCAAGUCAAUCUGGUUGUUCUGCUGGCCAGCUUCCAUCCUGGCAGAUUGGUUGAUAUUCCCCUAAACAUCACCUGUGAAUCCUACAAUGCCAUAUUUACGGGUCUCGACCAAAGUUUGGAAUCUCUUCCGCCUCACCUCUCACAGGGUGUAAAGUCAAGCUUGGAUGCACUGAUGAAGACAUUCCAACGUUGCUCAAGGCCUCCAGCUUUAAUUGUGUGCAAAGAAACAAUGGUCAAUGAGAAACAACUUUGUGCUGGAUUUAACAGCACACAACUGAAGCAACAAAUGUCGAUUGGGAAUUCCAAUGCAUCCCUUUGCAAUUUCAACAUCUCUGAAUAUGCCUGUUCCUCAACAACCCUUCUGUCAGCGGACAACUUGGUGACGAUCCUGAAAUGCCAAUUGUCCAGCAAAAAGACUUACUCAACAGAAAUGUGGAAGCUGUUCUUCCAAAACAAUGCUGCUAUUCUGGACCAGGCUCUUCUGGAUUACUCCAGCAUGAACCCCAACACCAGCAGUCCAGCUAUGCCAAAUGUCCUUGAUGCCAUUGGAGAUGUCAAACUCAACAACUUCAUGAAUGCACAGCUGAACAACGCCAGUUUCGUUGACAAGUUGUUCAAGAAGAUGCUCCGUCCAUUCUUGGCAUCUCCAUCUAGGAAUUUCCUCUCCUGUCUCAGCUCAAAGAACUUCAGUUGUCAGACCUACCAAAUUGUCAUUGAGGCUCUAAGCAACCAAUCAGCCUCCAUGGACAGAGAGCAACAACGAGUGAUCUUCACUCAUUACAUCUAUCCAUUCCUUUCAAGAAAUGACUCAUCAGAUCCCGGCUGUGUCUCAAACACCAGUGGAAGCAUGGACUGGCUCCAGAGGAACUUUGGCAUCUUUUCUGUUUUUGCAGAACUGCAGGAGUUACAAGUCCUUAAUCCCGACUUCUCCAGCAAGGAAUCACUGUCGCUGCUUACCCCAACCCAAGUGGCACAAUUGACAUUGACCUCUGGGGCAUUGAAUGACACAGAUGACAUUAAACUUGUGUUUACGCGGCUGGAGGAAGGAGACGCUUUCAAAAAUGUUGACGAGUUUCUGACGCAACUGACCGCAAAGGAAGAGAUUCCUGACAUCCAUCCAGCCGUGAGAGAUUUGAUGAUGAAUCAGACGUUCAGCAUCAUCAGCCUUCAAUUCCCAGAGUUCGAAACGCUGGACUGGAUUGCAUGGUUCGAAGUAAAGCUGAUUCCCAUCCUCCCCAGUUUUAAUGAAGUCAUGCUCACCAUUGCUACCUCAAACGUCAACUGCACCAACUACCAAGUCAUUGUAAAUGGAAUGGACAGAGCUUUCUCUGAAAUGACUCAGGAUAGAAGAGAAGGAAUCGCAAGAGUCCUGCUGAAAUACCUGAGGAAAUCUGUGCACCUCAUCAAUGGACCAGCUUGCAGGCAGGACAUCCACGAUGACAAUGACUGGCUUGCAAUCAACCUGGGUUCAUACUCCGAGUACACAACCUAUUCGGAUCUCAAAGACUUCAACAUCUCAGGGGUGGCAGUUCUAGACUCCCUCUCACCAAACCAGAAAGCUGAAUUGAUACUGGACCCAAGCACUGGCGCUCUGGAGAAUGAGACUCUUGUGAAGAACGUUUUCAUCAGCUUGCUGGCAUCUCCAAGGGAAGAGCAGCUCAAUGAGUUCUUUGUGACUUUUGUUGAAGUCACCAAGCAGGAAAACAUCACUAUCAUCACAAACACAGCCGUAAGAGACACAAUGCUAGACCUGACCUUGAUGGCUCUUGCUCCCAAAUUCGACGUUUUUGAGCCAAAAGACUUCCAGCUGUGGUUCCAAGUCAAUCUGAUUUACGGGUCUCGACCAAAGUUUGGAAUCUCUUCCGCCUCACCUCUCACAGGGUGUAAAGUCAAGCUUGGAUGCACUGAUGAAGACAUUCCAACUGCAAAGAAACAUUGGUCAAUGAGAAACAACUUUGUGCUGGAUUUAACAGCGGACAACUUGGUGACGAUCCUGAAAUGCCAAUUGUCCAGCAAAAAGACUUACUCAACAGAAAUGUGGAAGCUGUUCUUCCAAAACAAUGCUGCUAUUCUGGACCAGGCUCUUCUGGAUUACUCCAGCAUGAACCCCAACACCAGCAGUCCAGCUAUGCCAAAUGUCCUUGAUGCCAUUGGAGAUGUCAAACUCAACAACUUCAUGAAUGCACAGCUGAACAACGCCAGUUUCGUUGACAAGUUGUUCAAGAAGAUGCUCCGUCCAUUCUUGGCAUCUCCAUCUAGGAAUUUCCUCUCCUGUCUCAGCUCAAAGAACUUCAGUUAUCCCGGCUGUGUCUCAAACACCAGUGGAAGCAUGGACUGGCUCCAGAGGAACUUUGGCAUCUUUUCUGUUUUUGCAGAACUGCAGGAGUUACAAGUCCUUAAUCCCGACUUCUCCAGCAAGGAAUCACUGUCGCUGCUUACCCCAACCCAAGUGGCACAAUUGACAUUGACCUCUGGGGCAUUGAAUGACACAGAUGACAUUAAACUUGUGUUUACGCGGCUGGAGGAAGGAGACGCUUUCAAAAAUGUUGACGAGUUUCUGACGCAACUGACCGCAAAGGAAGAGAUUCCUGACAUCCAUCCAGCCGUGAGAGAUUUGAUGAUGAAUCAGACGUUCAGCAUCAUCAGCCUUCAAUUCCCAGAGUUCGAAACGCUGGACUGGAUUGCAUGGUUCGAAGUAAAGCUGAUUCCCAUCCUCCCCAGUUUUAAUGAAGUCAUGCUCACCAUUGCUACCUCAAACGUCAACUGCACCAACUACCAAGUCAUUGUAAAUGGAAUGGACAGAGCUUUCUCUGAAAUGACCCAGGAUAGAAGAGAAGGAAUCGCAAGAGUCCUGCUGAAAUACCUGAGGAAAUCUGUGCACCUCAUCAAUGGACCAGCUUGCAGGCAGGACAUCCACGAUGACAAUGACUGGCUUGCAAUCAACCUGGGUUCAUACUCCGAGUACACAACCUAUUCGGAUCUCAAAGACUUCAACAUCUCAGGGGUGGCAGUUCUAGACUCCCUCUCACCAAACCAGAAAGCUGAAUUGAUACUGGACCCAAGCACUGGCGCUCUGGAGAAUGAGACUCUUGUGAAGAACGUUUUCAUCAGCUUGCUGGCAUCUCCAAGGGAAGAGCAGCUCAAUGAGUUCUUUGUGACUUUUGUUGAAGUCACCAAGCAGGAAAACAUCACUAUCAUCACAAACACAGCCGUAAGAGACACAAUGCUAGACCUGACCUUGAUGGCUCUUGCUCCCAAAUUCGACGUUUUUGAGCCAAAAGACUUCCAGCUGUGGUUCCAAAUUUACGGGUCUCGACCAAAGUUUGGAAUCUCUUCCGCCUCACCUCUCACAGGGUGUAAAGUCAAGCUUGGAUGCACUGAUGAAGACAUUCCAACUGCAAAGAAACAUUGGUCAAUGAGAAACAACUUUGUGCUGGAUUUAACAGCGGACAACUUGGUGACGAUCCUGAAAUGCCAAUUGUCCAGCAAAAAGACUUACUCAACAGAAAUGUGGAAGCUGUUCUUCCAAAACAAUGCUGCUAUUCUGGACCAGGCUCUUCUGGAUUACUCCAGCAUGAACCCCAACACCAGCAGUCCAGCUAUGCCAAAUGUCCUUGAUGCCAUUGGAGAUGUCAAACUCAACAACUUCAUGAAUGCACAGCUGAACAACGCCAGUUUCGUUGACAAGUUGUUCAAGAAGAUGCUCCGUCCAUUCUUGGCAUCUCCAUCUAGGAAUUUCCUCUCCUGUCUCAGCUCAAAGAACUUCAGUUAUCCCGGCUGUGUCUCAAACACCAGUGGAAGCAUGGACUGGCUCCAGAGGAACUUUGGCAUCUUUUCUGUUUUUGCAGAACUGCAGGAGUUACAAGUCCUUAAUCCCGACUUCUCCAGCAAGGAAUCACUGUCGCUGCUUACCCCAACCCAAGUGGCACAAUUGACAUUGACCUCUGGGGCAUUGAAUGACACAGAUGACAUUAAACUUGUGUUUACGCGGCUGGAGGAAGGAGACGCUUUCAAAAAUGUUGACGAGUUUCUGACGCAACUGACCGCAAAGGAAGAGAUUCCUGACAUCCAUCCAGCCGUGAGAGAUUUGAUGAUGAAUCAGACGUUCAGCAUCAUCAGCCUUCAAUUCCCAGAGUUCGAAACGCUGGACUGGAUUGCAUGGUUCGAAGUAAAGCUGAUUCCCAUCCUCCCCAGUUUUAAUGAAGUCAUGCUCACCAUUGCUACCUCAAACGUCAACUGCACCAACUACCAAGUCAUUGUAAAUGGAAUGGACAGAGCUUUCUCUGAAAUGACUCAGGAUAGAAGAGAAGGAAUCGCAAGAGUCCUGCUGAAAUACCUGAGGAAAUCUGUGCACCUCAUCAAUGGACCAGCUUGCAGGCAGGACAUCCACGAUGACAAUGACUGGCUUGCAAUCAACCUGGGUUCAUACUCCGAGUACACAACCUAUUCGGAUCUCAAAGACUUCAACAUCUCAGGGGUGGCAGUUCUAGACUCCCUCUCACCAAACCAGAAAGCUGAAUUGAUACUGGACCCAAGCACUGGCGCUCUGGAGAAUGAGACUCUUGUGAAGAACGUUUUCAUCAGCUUGCUGGCAUCUCCAAGGGAAGAGCAGCUCAAUGAGUUCUUUGUGACUUUUGUUGAAGUCACCAAGCAGGAAAACAUCACUAUCAUCACAAACACAGCCGUAAGAGACACAAUGCUAGACCUGACCUUGAUGGCUCUUGCUCCCAAAUUCGACGUUUUUGAGCCAAAAGACUUCCAGCUGUGGUUCCAAAUUUACGGGUCUCGACCAAAGUUUGGAAUCUCUUCCGCCUCACCUCUCACAGGGUGUAAAGUCAAGCUUGGAUGCACUGAUGAAGACAUUCCAACUGCAAAGAAACAUUGGUCAAUGAGAAACAACUUUGUGCUGGAUUUAACAGCGGACAACUUGGUGACGAUCCUGAAAUGCCAAUUGUCCAGCAAAAAGACUUACUCAACAGAAAUGUGGAAGCUGUUCUUCCAAAACAAUGCUGCUAUUCUGGACCAGGCUCUUCUGGAUUACUCCAGCAUGAACCCCAACACCAGCAGUCCAGCUAUGCCAAAUGUCCUUGAUGCCAUUGGAGAUGUCAAACUCAACAACUUCAUGAAUGCACAGCUGAACAACGCCAGUUUCGUUGACAAGUUGUUCAAGAAGAUGCUCCGUCCAUUCUUGGCAUCUCCAUCUAGGAAUUUCCUCUCCUGUCUCAGCUCAAAGAACUUCAGUUAUCCCGGCUGUGUCUCAAACACCAGUGGAAGCAUGGACUGGCUCCAGAGGAACUUUGGCAUCUUUUCUGUUUUUGCAGAACUGCAGGAGUUACAAGUCCUUAAUCCCGACUUCUCCAGCAAGGAAUCACUGUCGCUGCUUACCCCAACCCAAGUGGCACAAUUGACAUUGACCUCUGGGGCAUUGAAUGACACAGAUGACAUUAAACUUGUGUUUACGCGGCUGGAGGAAGGAGACGCUUUCAAAAAUGUUGACGAGUUUCUGACGCAACUGACCGCAAAGGAAGAGAUUCCUGACAUCCAUCCAGCCGUGAGAGAUUUGAUGAUGAAUCAGACGUUCAGCAUCAUCAGCCUUCAAUUCCCAGAGUUCGAAACGCUGGACUGGAUUGCAUGGUUCGAAGUAAAGCUGAUUCCCAUCCUCCCCAGUUUUAAUGAAGUCAUGCUCACCAUUGCUACCUCAAACGUCAACUGCACCAACUACCAAGUCAUUGUAAAUGGAAUGGACAGAGCUUUCUCUGAAAUGACUCAGGAUAGAAGAGAAGGAAUCGCAAGAGUCCUGCUGAAAUACCUGAGGAAAUCUGUGCACCUCAUCAAUGGACCAGCUUGCAGGCAGGACAUCCACGAUGACAAUGACUGGCUUGCAAUCAACCUGGGUUCAUACUCCGAGUACACAACCUAUUCGGAUCUCAAAGACUUCAACAUCUCAGGGGUGGCAGUUCUAGACUCCCUCUCACCAAACCAGAAAGCUGAAUUGAUACUGGACCCAAGCACUGGCGCUCUGGAGAAUGAGACUCUUGUGAAGAACGUUUUCAUCAGCUUGCUGGCAUCUCCAAGGGAAGAGCAGCUCAAUGAGUUCUUUGUGACUUUUGUUGAAGUCACCAAGCAGGAAAACAUCACUAUCAUCACAAACACAGCCGUAAGAGACACAAUGCUAGACCUGACCUUGAUGGCUCUUGCUCCCAAAUUCGACGUUUUUGAGCCAAAAGACUUCCAGCUGUGGUUCCAAAUUUACGGGUCUCGACCAAAGUUUGGAAUCUCUUCCGCCUCACCUCUCACAGGGUGUAAAGUCAAGCUUGGAUGCACUGAUGAAGACAUUCCAACUGCAAAGAAACAAUGGUCAAUGAGAAACAACUUUGUGCUGGAUUUAACAGCGGACAACUUGGUGACGAUCCUGAAAUGCCAAUUGUCCAGCAAAAAGACUUACUCAACAGAAAUGUGGAAGCUGUUCUUCCAAAACAAUGCUGCUAUUCUGGACCAGGCUCUUCUGGAUUACUCCAGCAUGAACCCCAACACCAGCAGUCCAGCUAUGCCAAAUGUCCUUGAUGCCAUUGGAGAUGUCAAACUCAACAACUUCAUGAAUGCACAGCUGAACAACGCCAGUUUCGUUGACAAGUUGUUCAAGAAGAUGCUCCGUCCAUUCUUGGCAUCUCCAUCUAGGAAUUUCCUCUCCUGUCUCAGCUCAAAGAACUUCAGUUAUCCCGGCUGUGUCUCAAACACCAGUGGAAGCAUGGACUGGCUCCAGAGGAACUUUGGCAUCUUUUCUGUUUUUGCAGAACUGCAGGAGUUACAAGUCCUUAAUCCCGACUUCUCCAGCAAGGAAUCACUGUCGCUGCUUACCCCAACCCAAGUGGCACAAUUGACAUUGACCUCUGGGGCAUUGAAUGACACAGAUGACAUUAAACUUGUGUUUACGCGGCUGGAGGAAGGAGACGCUUUCAAAAAUGUUGACGAGUUUCUGACGCAACUGACCGCAAAGGAAGAGAUUCCUGACAUCCAUCCAGCCGUGAGAGAUUUGAUGAUGAAUCAGACGUUCAGCAUCAUCAGCCUUCAAUUCCCAGAGUUCGAAACGCUGGACUGGAUUGCAUGGUUCGAAGUAAAGCUGAUUCCCAUCCUCCCCAGUUUUAAUGAAGUCAUGCUCACCAUUGCUACCUCAAACGUCAACUGCACCAACUACCAAGUCAUUGUAAAUGGAAUGGACAGAGCUUUCUCUGAAAUGACUCAGGAUAGAAGAGAAGGAAUCGCAAGAGUCCUGCUGAAAUACCUGAGGAAAUCUGUGCACCUCAUCAAUGGACCAGCUUGCAGGCAGGACAUCCACGAUGACAAUGACUGGCUUGCAAUCAACCUGGGUUCAUACUCCGAGUACACAACCUAUUCGGAUCUCAAAGACUUCAACAUCUCAGGGGUGGCAGUUCUAGACUCCCUCUCACCAAACCAGAAAGCUGAAUUGAUACUGGACCCAAGCACUGGCGCUCUGGAGAAUGAGACUCUUGUGAAGAACGUUUUCAUCAGCUUGCUGGCAUCUCCAAGGGAAGAGCAGCUCAAUGAGUUCUUUGUGACUUUUGUUGAAGUCACCAAGCAGGAAAACAUCACUAUCAUCACAAACACAGCCGUAAGAGACACAAUGCUAGACCUGACCUUGAUGGCUCUUGCUCCCAAAUUCGACGUUUUUGAGCCAAAAGACUUCCAGCUGUGGUUCCAAAUUUACGGGUCUCGACCAAAGUUUGGAAUCUCUUCCGCCUCACCUCUCACAGGGUGUAAAGUCAAGCUUGGAUGCACUGAUGAAGACAUUCCAACUGCAAAGAAACAAUGGUCAAUGAGAAACAACUUUGUGCUGGAUUUAACAGCGGACAACUUGGUGACGAUCCUGAAAUGCCAAUUGUCCAGCAAAAAGACUUACUCAACAGAAAUGUGGAAGCUGUUCUUCCAAAACAAUGCUGCUAUUCUGGACCAGGCUCUUCUGGAUUACUCCAGCAUGAACCCCAACACCAGCAGUCCAGCUAUGCCAAAUGUCCUUGAUGCCAUUGGAGAUGUCAAACUCAACAACUUCAUGAAUGCACAGCUGAACAACGCCAGUUUCGUUGACAAGUUGUUCAAGAAGAUGCUCCGUCCAUUCUUGGCAUCUCCAUCUAGGAAUUUCCUCUCCUGUCUCAGCUCAAAGAACUUCAGUUAUCCCGGCUGUGUCUCAAACACCAGUGGAAGCAUGGACUGGCUCCAGAGGAACUUUGGCAUCUUUUCUGUUUUUGCAGAACUGCAGGAGUUACAAGUCCUUAAUCCCGACUUCUCCAGCAAGGAAUCACUGUCGCUGCUUACCCCAACCCAAGUGGCACAAUUGACAUUGACCUCUGGGGCAUUGAAUGACACAGAUGACAUUAAACUUGUGUUUACGCGGCUGGAGGAAGGAGACGCUUUCAAAAAUGUUGACGAGUUUCUGACGCAACUGACCGCAAAGGAAGAGAUUCCUGACAUCCAUCCAGCCGUGAGAGAUUUGAUGAUGAAUCAGACGUUCAGCAUCAUCAGCCUUCAAUUCCCAGAGUUCGAAACGCUGGACUGGAUUGCAUGGUUCGAAGUAAAGCUGAUUCCCAUCCUCCCCAGUUUUAAUGAAGUCAUGCUCACCAUUGCUACCUCAAACGUCAACUGCACCAACUACCAAGUGGCAGUUCUAGACUCCCUCUCACCAAACCAGAAAGCUGAAUUGAUACUGGACCCAAGCACUGGCGCUCUGGAGAAUGAGACUCUUGUGAAGAACGUUUUCAUCAGCUUGCUGGCAUCUCCAAGGGAAGAGCAGCUCAAUGAGUUCUUUGUGACUUUUGUUGAAGUCACCAAGCAGGAAAACAUCACUAUCAUCACAAACACAGCCGUAAGAGACACAAUGCUAGACCUGACCUUGAUGGCUCUUGCUCCCAAAUUCGACGUUUUUGAGCCAAAAGACUUCCAGCUGUGGUUCCAAGUCAAUCUGGUUGUUCUGCUGGCCAGCUUCCAUCCUGGCAGAUUGGUUGAUAUUCCCCUAAACAUCACCUGUGAAUCCUACAAUGCCAUAUUUACGGGUCUCGACCAAAGUUUGGAAUCUCUUCCGCCUCACCUCUCACAGGGUGUAAAGUCAAGCUUGGAUGCACUGAUGAAGACAUUCCAACGUUGCUCAAGGCCUCCAGCUUUAAUUGUGUGCAAAGAAACAAUGGUCAAUGAGAAACAACUUUGUGCUGGAUUUAACAGCACACAACUGAAGCAACAAAUGUCGAUUGGGAAUUCCAAUGCAUCCCUUUGCAAUUUCAACAUCUCUGAAUAUGCCUGUUCCUCAACAACCCUUCUGUCAGCGGACAACUUGGUGACGAUCCUGAAAUGCCAAUUGUCCAGCAAAAAGACUUACUCAACAGAAAUGUGGAAGCUGUUCUUCCAAAACAAUGCUGCUAUUCUGGACCAGGCUCUUCUGGAUUACUCCAGCAUGAACCCCAACACCAGCAGUCCAGCUAUGCCAAAUGUCCUUGAUGCCAUUGGAGAUGUCAAACUCAACAACUUCAUGAAUGCACAGCUGAACAACGCCAGUUUCGUUGACAAGUUGUUCAAGAAGAUGCUCCGUCCAUUCUUGGCAUCUCCAUCUAGGAAUUUCCUCUCCUGUCUCAGCUCAAAGAACUUCAGUUGUCAGACCUACCAAAUUGUCAUUGAGGCUCUAAGCAACCAAUCAGCCUCCAUGGACAGAGAGCAACAACGAGUGAUCUUCACUCAUUACAUCUAUCCAUUCCUUUCAAGAAAUGACUCAUCAGAUCCCGGCUGUGUCUCAAACACCAGUGGAAGCAUGGACUGGCUCCAGAGGAACUUUGGCAUCUUUUCUGUUUUUGCAGAACUGCAGGAGUUACAAGUCCUUAAUCCCGACUUCUCCAGCAAGGAAUCACUGUCGCUGCUUACCCCAACCCAAGUGGCACAAUUGACAUUGACCUCUGGGGCAUUGAAUGACACAGAUGACAUUAAACUUCUGUUUACGCGGCUGGAGGAAGGAGACGCUUUCAAAAAUGUUGACGAGUUUCUGACGCAACUGACCGCAAAGGAAGAGAUUCCUGACAUCCAUCCAGCCGUGAGAGAUUUGAUGAUGAAUCAGACGUUCAGCAUCAUCAGCCUUCAAUUCCCAGAGUUCGAAACGCUGGACUGGAUUGCAUGGUUCGAAGUAAAGCUGAUUCCCAUCCUCCCCAGUUUUAAUGAAGUCAUGCUCACCAUUGCUACCUCAAACGUCAACUGCACCAACUACCAAGUCAUUGUAAAUGGAAUGGACAGAGCUUUCUCUGAAAUGACUCAGGAUAGAAGAGAAGGAAUCGCAAGAGUCCUGCUGAAAUACCUGAGGAAAUCUGUGCACCUCAUCAAUGGACCAGCUUGCAGGCAGGACAUCCACGAUGACAAUGACUGGCUUGCAAUCAACCUGGGUUCAUACUCCGAGUACACAACCUAUUCGGAUCUCAAAGACUUCAACAUCUCAGGGGUGGCAGUUCUAGACUCCCUCUCACCAAACCAGAAAGCUGAAUUGAUACUGGACCCAAGCACUGGCGCUCUGGAGAAUGAGACUCUUGUGAAGAACGUUUUCAUCAGCUUGCUGGCAUCUCCAAGGGAAGAGCAGCUCAAUGAGUUCUUUGUGACUUUUGUUGAAGUCACCAAGCAGGAAAACAUCACUAUCAUCACAAACACAGCCGUAAGAGACACAAUGCUAGACCUGACCUUGAUGGCUCUUGCUCCCAAAUUCGACGUUUUUGAGCCAAAAGACUUCCAGCUGUGGUUCCAAGUCAAUCUGGUUGUUCUGCUGGCCAGCUUCCAUCCUGGCAGAUUGGUUGAUAUUCCCCUAAACAUCACCUGUGAAUCCUACAAUGCCAUAUUUACGGGUCUCGACCAAAGUUUGGAAUCUCUUCCGCCUCACCUCUCACAGGGUGUAAAGUCAAGCUUGGAUGCACUGAUGAAGACAUUCCAACGUUGCUCAAGGCCUCCAGCUUUAAUUGUGUGCAAAGAAACAAUGGUCAAUGAGAAACAACUUUGUGCUGGAUUUAACAGCACACAACUGAAGCAACAAAUGUCGAUUGGGAAUUCCAAUGCAUCCCUUUGCAAUUUCAACAUCUCUGAAUAUGCCUGUUCCUCAACAACCCUUCUGUCAGUGGACAACUUGGUGACGAUCCUGAAAUGCCAAUUGUCCAGCAAAAUGACUUACUCAACAGAAAUGUGGAAGCUGUUCUUCCAAAACAAUGCUGCUAUUCUGGACCAGGCUCUUCUGGAUUACUCCAGCAUGAACCCCAACACCAGCAGUCCAGCUAUGCCAAAUGUCCUUGAUGCCAUUGGAGAUGUCAAACUCAACAACUUCAUGAAUGCACAGCUGAACAACGCCAGUUUCGUUGACAAGUUGUUCAAGAAGAUGCUCCGUCCAUUCUUGGCAUCUCCAUCUAGGAAUUUCCUCUCCUGUCUCAGCUCAAAGAACUUCAGUUGUCAGACCUACCAAAUUGUCAUUGAGGCUCUAAGCAACCAAUCAGCCUCCAUGGACAGAGAGCAACAACGAGUGAUCUUCACUCAUUACAUCUAUCCAUUCCUUUCAAGAAAUGACUCAUCAGAUCCCGGCUGUGUCUCAAACACCAGUGGAAGCAUGGACUGGCUCCAGAGGAACUUUGGCAUCUUUUCUGUUUUUGCAGAACUGCAGGAGUUACAAGUCCUUAAUCCCGACUUCUCCAGCAAGGAAUCACUGUCGCUGCUUACCCCAACCCAAGUGGCACAAUUGACAUUGACCUCUGGGGCAUUGAAUGACACAGAUGACAUUAAACUUCUGUUUACGCGGCUGGAGGAAGGAGACGCUUUCAAAAAUGUUGACGAGUUUCUGACGCAACUGACCGCAAAGGAAGAGAUUCCUGACAUCCAUCCAGCCGUGAGAGAUUUGAUGAUGAAUCAGACGUUCAGCAUCAUCAGCCUUCAAUUCCCAGAGUUCGAAAUGCUGGACUGGAUUGCAUGGUUCGAAGUAAAGCUGAUUCCCAUCCUCCCCAGUUUUAAUGAAGUCAUGCUCACCAUUGCUACCUCAAACGUCAACUGCACUAACUACCAAGUCAUUGUAAGAGGAAUGGACAGAGCUUUCCCUGAAAUGACUCCGGGUAGAAAAGAAGGAAUCGCAAGAGUCUUGCUGGAAUACCUGAGGAUAUCUGUUCACCUCAUCAAUGGACCAGAUUGCAGGCAGAAAAUCCACAAUGAUGCUGACUGGCUUGCAAUCAACCUGGGUUCAUACUCCGAAUACACAACCUAUUCUGAUCUCAAAGUCUUCAACAUCUCAGGGGUGGCAAUUCUAGACUCCCUCUCACCAAACCAGAAAGCCCAGCUGAUACUGGACCCCAAAAGCCUGGCAAAUGAAUCUCUUGUGCAAGACGUUUUCCUAGGGGUUCUGGGAUCUUCAAGUUUGGCGGAGAUUGGUCAAUUUUUCCAAUCAUUUGUGGAGGUUGCUUCAAAGAGAAACCUGACAGCUAUUGAGCCAGGACUGCGAGACACCCUCUUAAACCUGACACUGACGGCACUCGCCCCCAAAUUGCAGACACUAGAUACUCUGGGAUUCAAGCUUUGGUUCCAGGUCUAUCUCCCGUUAUUCCUCCCAAGCAUUCAUCCUGGGACCUUUUCUGUCAUCCCAAGGAAUAUCAGCUGUGACUCCUAUAGUGCAAUCAUCAAGGGGUGUGAUAAUGUGAUCACUACGUUGUCGCUGAUCCAGUCCCAGCAAGUCUUCAUGUUCACCAAGGAUUAUUUGACAGGCCAAUCCAUUGAAGGAUUUUCCUGUGUGAAGACUGUGAGAGAUGACAGGGAUUGGCUUGGAAACAACUUUGGACAAUUCCGGGUCUAUGCUUCCUAUGUGGACUUUGUGACCCUGAAGAGUGAUUUCAAUGGAGUGAAAGCAGCAGAUCUCCUCACUCCCAUCCAGCUGGCUCAGCUCGCGACGAUUCCCUCCCAAGUUGAAGGGGCACAGGGUGUCAACAAGAUCAUGGCAGCCAUCAGUCCGGCUAACUUUGGAUUGUUCUUUGACAUACUCUCACCUGCCAUUCAGAAACACAUGAAGAACUACACAGAAGAGGUGAAAUCAGCUUUCCUCCAGGUGGUGCUGGACAGCGGGAACCUGUCCUCCACCGCCAUCAACGACACACAAUUCCUCGUUUGGCUCAGGGUUCGGCUGAACCCCCUCUUGCUGAACCUCUCAUCCAAUCAAGUGACACCACUCUUCCGCAUCAUGAAGGAUAGGGGCUGCAACAGCAGCCAAGAAGUAAUCUCAUUAUUAGACACUCUGCAGUCUACACUGACUAAAGACACACAGAGGGAAAUCUACAGCAAUACCUUACUCCUCCUGAAAGAGCCAACGCCACUGCGAUGCUAUGUAAACGGAAGCUUCUACUCGUUUUUGAGAAGCACGUUCCUUGGCUUUGGAUUCCCCGACCUGUCAAUGCUUUUCACGCUCAUGCCAGACACACGCCAACCUGAGCUCCUGAAUUCCAUAACCUCCUCUGAGCUGAGUCAGUUCCUCAGUCAACCUGAUGUGGUUGGCAACGGUUCCAACAUAUGUGCUGUCUUCAACAACUACGCCAAGACGCCCGUCUUCCUGGAAACAGAGGAUGUCCCUGAUGCUGUGAAGCAGCUGACCCUUCCCUGCGUCUGGUCGUUAGCUCUGAACAGCGGCAAUAGGUCAGAGGUGAAUGCCUGGUUUGACCUCAGACUGAAGAACUACUUGAGGUUCCUUACAAGGAGCCUCGUCAGCUCAUCUAAGGUGCAAAACGCCAGCUGUCUCGCAUUCCAGAAAAUAGUCUCAGUCCUUGGAAGCGAUUUCAGCUACAACAGCUCUGACUUUGCACAGAGUGAUGUGUACAUCACCAUUAAGUCCUACCUGGGCACAGGUGGACCUAGGUGCUACAGUGCAAACGACCCAGAGCUGAACUCUACCGCCUGGUUUGUGAACUACAUGGGUGUUUUUGUGACCUACCUCUCUCUGGAGGACCUCAACACCUUUGUUACCGCGAGUCAGAUCAAUGUAUUCUUGGAGAACCAGGCCAAUAUCAAGCUCUUCAACAACACGGCUAUACCUGCUGACGUCACUUCCUACUACAUCACGCAGCUAUACACACUGAACCCCACGUUCAACCCUCUGCAACUGCCUGGCUUCUUCCUGUGUGAGGUCCCAAGUACGGCCUAUAACUCCCUGAGCCAGACAGCCAGUAUGGAAAUCCUGGACCGUCUGCAGCUGUUCUGCAAUGGAACUAAAGACCCUCAGGUAUCUGCUGCACUCGUGGCUAAUUUCCACACUAUCACGGAGAGCACCCUAGCAACCAUUGGGAACAGCAGCAGUGGCCUGACGACCACCCAGAUAUCCUCCAUCUCUUCCUCGGCACUCGUGUCGUCCCUGGCCACACUCGGCUCCGUGAGCAGCUGGAAUCUGGGCCAGGCCAGUGCAGUCAUCCAGAGCAUCAUUACCGGAGGCUUCCCGAUCGACACUGCCUCCUCGUUGUUGUCGUUGGGCACACUCGUUGCGGGGGUUCCGUCAGCGGUGACAGCGAGCAUCCCAUCCACUGAGCUGUUGACAGCAUCCCAGAGCUCUGUGUUUAUCACCAACAUGCUGGCUGCCCCACAGAUUGUACAGGAAAUCUACGUCAACAAGAUAAUCACCAUCAACCAAAGCCCCAACGCGUUGGUUGUGAACGUACCUGAUGCCAUGGCCACACUGAUCCCCAGGGCUCUCCUGACCUUCUCUCAGGAACCUGUGGACGUACAGGCUAUUAACAGAAAGACAUGGAAGCAAGAGCAGGCUGUUAUAUUCUUCGGGGACGUAGUGAGCAACACAAGCAUCGACUCGGAGGAGCUCUCUCCAUCCGUGUUGCAAGGGUUCACAUGUACAUCAGCACAGUCCAUGACAAUCAAAACGGUGCACAGACUGGUUCAUGCCUGCAGACCGAGGAUCCUUAGGGAGAAAGUGGCGCUGAAAGAAACACAGUUGACCUGCAUGUACAAUUUACUGAAAGACAACCUUGACCAGAGUUUUACAGAGUAUCCAUCAGACAUGCUACUAUAUUACAACUAUGCAAAGGUUGAAAAAAGCAAUUGCAGGUCCUACUUCAACGCGGCAGGAUAUGCAGACUUCUCUGUCCUCUCCAGCGUGCUGAACAAGGAUGAAAUGUUACUGGACAAUGCAAAAAGCUGCUUGGGAAUUAGUGAAGUGAGUCUUAGCAAAAACCACCUGGAGGUGCUGGGAAACAUGGUGUGCACUAUGAACGGCUCCUACAUCCUAAACUCUGACCCCUUCAUUCUGGAGAAACUGAAGAACUGCAAGGACUUCACCGAAGCUCAAGUCGCGGCCAUGGAAACGCUCCUCAUUUCAGGGAAAACACAGUAUGGAAAAACAACUAGAUGGAAUCAACAAACGUUGGAAGACCUUGAAACCCUGCCACUGUAUCUGACCCAAAACUUCUGGAGACUGUUCACAACAGAGGUGAAAGGGAAGUUCCUUAAGUCCUUUAUGCCCCAGCUGAGGAAGCAGGAAACAGUGAAGAGGAAGCUGAAGACACUGUUCAAGCAGAUCAACUCCCUCAGCAGAUCCAAGCGGGGAGCAGGAUGCAUCACUGGCAACAUCACCCAGUCGGUCAUCGCAGACACCUCGUUCCCCUUUGGCUAUGACAUGACCCAGUUUGACCUCUGUCUGGACAUCAGCGUUCUGAAAGACAAUCUGGCCGCUUUCACUAAACAAGUCGACGAUAACAACUUCCAGAAGAUCAUUUUAGUCAAACUAAACCAGGCUUAUCCAUCUGGAAUUGUUGACGAGCAGCUUAAGGUGCUGGGCUCUGUGUCGCGUGUGGCCACUCUUGAUGACAUCACAAAGUGGAGCAUCACCAAAAUCGACACACUGUCAGCACUGAUGGCCUUUGGUGAUGGUCCAUGGGAAACAGCGAAGAGUAAGGCAAUCAUCACAACAUACUUGAACACGUCAGGUAACUCCUUGGGGAGCUCUGAGUUAAAUGCCGUUGGCGCUAAUCUGUGUUCUCUGGAUGUGAGUGUACUGAAGACCAUCACAUCAAGCAGUCUGAAAAAUGCCAAUUCCCUGGACGUGACCUCUUGCUCCACUGAACAGAAGAGGGCUGUAUACGACAUCAGCAAGAGUUCUUUUAGCUCCCAGCGUAUCUCUAAUCCAACAUAUUACCAACUCAUCAGCCCCUACCUAGGCGGUGCUCCCAUUAAAGACAUAAGGAGUCUUGCAGCUCAGAAUGUGAACAUGGACAUAACGACAUUCAAAGGUCUUGAGAGCACCGUAAUUGCCAGUCUGACCGUGAGCGAGGUGAAAGGACUUCUGGGUGCUAACGUGGAUGAUCUGAAGACAUUUGAGAACGACGCGGUUGUUCAUGCGUGGUUAAUGGCGCAGCCUCAAUCUGAUCUGGACCUGCUGCGGCUAGGUCUGACCGGAGGCAAAGAACCUUCCACCGCGGUGGUGCCGACAGCGGUGGUCCCCCUCAACACCACCAGCACCACGCUGGCACACAACGCUGGCACAGCCAAGCCACUGCCAAUCACCACAACUCAGAAUGGUGUCGGUAAUGGAGGAGCACAUCCCGAGAAAGAACUAGGAGCCCUCUCUCUCUGUCUGGCACUGGUCACCGUCAUCCUGCAGAUGAUGUGAGACGAGAUGAUGAGACCACAGUGUGACCAGAUGAUGUGAGACGAGAUGAUGAGACCACAGUGUGACCAGAUGAUGUGAGACGAGAUGAUGAGACCACAGUGUGACCAGAUGAUGUGAGACGAGAUGAUGAGACCAUAGUGUGGGCCAAGCAUCUUCUAAAAUGAACAACAACAACCUGUUUUACUUUUAGAAUUGUUGAAUCGUCUGGUACUACUUAUAACCAAGUUUACAAAUAUUUUAUUUAGCCAAUCACGUUUUAAUAAUUUAUUGUUUUUUUGUCAUUCUUGUUUAGCAUCACUCUUGUACGUAAUUAUCACAAGUAUAUAUCUAUAUAUAUGUGUUCUUAUUUGAACAUUCCAUAAGAUUGCACAUUUACAUGUUUAUAUAUUUAAAUUAUAUUUUUGUCAAGGAAUGUAAAAUUCAUAAAGUAUGUACACCUGUCCUUGUACUUAACCCACAAAUAUGACCUAUGUAAAGUUUAGGGCUCUAUUCAAUCAGUAUCGCUGGCCAACAGAAAUAUAAAGGUAGAUUCUGAUUGAGCUAAAAUAUGCAGUGUUUACCGCGAAUGCAGUCUCUGCUAACAUGGGAACAUUGCCUUUAAAUUUGAAUCACGCUGUAAAUGCCGAACUUCCGUGAUACGGAUUAAAUAGAGCCCAUUAUUCAUAUUUUUUCUUCAAAUUAAUAAAAAUGCAAAUAUAC